AUGGCAGCCAGUCUCUGCCAUCUUCCCCUCCCCGCCGUCUCCGGUGGGCGUCGGCGGCUCGCAUCCGGCGGACCCGAACAUUCCGCAGCUUCUUCUCCCUCGAAGACCCGGACGGGUUUGCCCCAAAUCACCUACCAGAGGAACUCCAGGUGAGACCGCACGCGUUGAGUUUCUGAUUCCGCUUGGUUUUCGCUGGCCUCCUGUUGCCGCUCCUUGCUGUCCCAUUCCUUUCCCUGUUGUUCAAUCAGCUUUCGAUUUCAUUCUGAGUGGUGACUUGAAGGGGAAAAUUUUAAUUAAAUUUUAUUUAUUCAAUCACUUUAAAGCACCCUCUUGAAUACUCUUGAAUGCAUGAUUCGUUAUCUCAUGUGGGAAGCGUCAGAAAUUUUGAUUACCCAGUUUAAAUAUUUGUCAAAAAAAGGCUAAUAAUCAGAUUCGGAGUCAGUUUUAGUAUUUAUUAAGCUUUUAAUUUCUCUGAAUGUGAAUGUGCUGCUUUCAGUGAUUUCAAGGUUGAUGAAAUGAAGCAAGCCUUCGUAGAAUUGAUUUGAAAUAAAGCUCAUCUUUGACUUUCCUUUCAUACUUGAAACGUUUUUUUCAUUCUGAUUCAGGUUUCCCGUCGACCUGAGUUUCCAAUGCCGAGGAGCGGUGAUCCUUCCAGCAAAAGCAAACCCUACGGAUAAGGAGUCAACCCUGAGUGGAACCAGUGACUCAGGCUCUAAAGGCGGCCCGCCGCUCCUGACCAUUAUUGCCGGCAUUGUAGUGUUCUUGCUUGUAUGCUGGGUGGUGGGGUCCAUAGCCUUGUGGCUCGUUGGUCUCAUUGUCAAUCUGCCCUUGCCGAAGUAA